UCCUGGGAGUUUUGUAUGACGCCAGUAACAAAAAAACAAUUCUCCUAUAAUUUAAUUUUUAAAUAAUGUUAAGUUCAAAAUUGUUAAAAGCGGCGACCCCUUUUUCCUUUGUUCAGAGAAAUGUUCACAGGCGAAAGUUUAUAUGGUACAAUGAAGGCAUUCAGUAUCCUGGAUUCAAGUACUAUCCUAGACGUCCUGAUUUUCAAGAUCCACCUUACGAACCGACCAAGCUCUUUAGGGUACAGAGGAUCAGACCAAUGAAGGGCGCGCCUUACUGGGAAAAAAAUAUUCUCAAAGAAUUUAAGCUGGAUGGAAAGACCAGCGAUUAUGUAGUAGUAAAAAAUAUACCUGAAAAUAAUCACCGGCUAUGGAAAGUGAAGCAUAUGAUCAAGAUCGACCCAAUAACUUUUCCAGAUGGGUUUCCGAAUGAGAACGACUCCACUUACUUGCAGGAGAAUGGAGAACUGAGGAUUGUAAGACAUAUUGGUCAUAUAGAGGAACGAUCUAAACUUUUGAGUGAAUAUAAAACAGCAACUGACAAAAUGGAUGGUGACACAUUAAGAAGGGAUUCAAGGAGUCGAUGGCUCACUGGUUGGCAAUAAUAAGAAUCAUAAUUUUUGAAAUGUAUUUUAAUAUAUAAUAAAAACGCAACUUCUAGUUCUAUUUAUACUGCGUUAUGUAUAAA